GAGAGAGUAAGAAGAGAGAGAGGGGGUCCGUGGACACUAGCUUUGGGCUCAAGCCAUUUGCUUUACCCUGUUUGGCGGUUUUGGUGUCGCUGCAAGGGGAAAAGGAGAGAUGAUCUGGAUGAGUAUGUGGGUUUGAAGAGAUAUCGUCCUACGACCAGGAACAGCAGCCGAGCGGUGGGUUCUUGUCUCUUUGGGACUGAGGCCGAUCGAUCUUGUUAUCUACCCUCAUUUAUUGCGAGAUUUGGGGGUCGGAUUGAUUGCAACUGAGUGUGAAAUCGGCGGACAAAAAAAAAUUAAAUCUUUCGCUGUUUCCUCAAGGAAAAAUCUGAUAUUUUUUUCCCCCUUGGUUUUGGUAGCGAAAGAACAAUCCGCCGUAACUGCUGUCGAUCGGCAAAAAGACCUGUACCCAUUUGAUUUUUCCCGUCACCGGACUCGGAAUUGGCGAUCAAGAUUCGAUCUUGGAGUCGAUUCCUGACCGGGAACUGCCUGAUUGACACGGAUUUAGCCUCGUAGACAUCGGAUAGCUCUCCGCCGGUGUUCUGGCCGCCGGAGCUCGGGCCGUCGCCGCCAUGGCGAGCUCGUCCAGCUCGGUUGAUUACUGGAGGAGGUUCUUCCGGAGCGCCAAUUCUGAUAUCUUCGAGGUCAUCGAGCAAGCGAUCCUCGUGGCGGCGUCGGAUUACCCCCAGCAGUUCCGGAGCAGGAGGGAUCAGAUCGUGGAGAAGAUCUUCACCGCGCUGCUGCCGCGGUGCUUCGGCUGUGACCGGGUCGAGCUGCGAGGGGCCGAGGGGGAGGAAGGGCACGGCAGCGUGCGGAGGGUCGGAGAGAAGGAGAGCAAGGUGGACAGCAGCAACGACGGGCCCGAGUUCUCGAAUCGGGUGGUGAGCAACUACUCGUACGACGAGGCAGAGGCGCUCACGGAGGAGAUCGAAGAGGAGGGUCAAAUCGUUGGCGAGGUCAUUAGGAUCAAGGAGAUCCUUGCCAACCAUCAUGAGGAGUCUGAUAAUUUCUUGUUCGAGUCACUGAGGAGGCUGCAAUUGAUGGAGCUUUCUGUUGAUGUCUUGAAGGCGACCGAGAUUGGAAGGGCUGUCAAUGGCCUCCGUAAACACAACUCAAAGCAAAUUCGCCACCUAGUUCGCGCUCUCAUCGAUGGUUGGAAGGUUUUGGUUGAUGAAUGGGUCAGGGCUACUGCUGCCAUUGCCGAUAACUCCCCGGACUCUGUAAAUCCUUCUGUCGUGGAUGAUGAGGAUGGCCUUCCUUCUCCCCCGUUAGAUGAAGGAGCUCUAUUCGCCACUCAGACAACUUCCAUCCAGCUCUCCGAGUUCUUUGAUGGAAUGGAUGACGAUGGAAAUUUUCGAAAUAAUGGGGAGUUUCACAAGAGGUGGGAACAUGGAAGACGACCUACAGAGAAUCAUGAAUCAUUAAGGAAACAGCAGCCGAUGCAACAACCUUUUACUCGAGAAGAAAAAGUGGAGAUGAAACAAGAUCCGGAGCAGUCUAUUUUUGCAGAAGGGGUGGGACACUCGAGGCGGCAAGAACCACAUCGAUCAGCUACCCCAGAAGAGAAGCUAAGAAGACAAGAACCACAAAUGAGGCAAUCAAAGCCACAUGAGAUCUGUAUCGGGCAAGCAAAGUCCCAAAACAUUCUACCCAAGCAAAGCAACCCUGUGAUUUCUGAAUCUGGGCCUGGAAGACCAGUUAAAAUUGGCUUUGAGCAAAAAGUAUGCAAUGAAGCGAAAUUUAAACAGCCACCAGACACUGCUGCACUUCGAAGGAAGCCACCGAUGAUCCCACGGGAUAAAUCAAAGUACUCUGAAGAAGCUCCCGUUCAGGCUAAGCUGGAAGCCACAAAACGGAAGCUUCAUGAAGGAUACCAGCAAGCCGAAAAUGCAAAAAAGCAGCGAACGAUACAAGUAAUGGAGUUACAUGACAUUCCAAAGCAGGCACACAACAGGCAUCCUAUUCUGAAAUCCAGAAACCACCUGAGGAAUUGGGCAAAUGGGCGGCACUAGUUCCGUCGAUUAUGUUCGAGCUGAGCUCAGUCGCAAACACUAAACCCGAAAAUUUUCCUGAUAGAUAAUUAAGUCGAAUUAAUAACAUAUCACCAUGCAAUGAUGAGUUGACAAAAUGGAUUUACAGAAGCUGGAGGGCCAUAAGAAACUGAUUGUACAUUUUGGUUCAUUUGAGAGAAACUGCUGAAAAAAAUGUAUAGAAUUCGACAGAUCAUCUCUCGUCUCUGUUUCUUGAUCUCUUUUUCUCGGUCUCUGUAUGACAUAAAGUAACAUAUCUUACUUAACAUGCAAAAUGAGCAUUUUUUCUGUUGCAAA